AUGGCUCCGAUCAUUCAUCUUGUCCGACACGCUCAGGGCGAGCACAACCUCUCCACGGCGAAUCAUGUCAUCCACGACCCCUUGCUCACUGACCUGGGCAACGAGCAAUGCCGUCAGCUGUGUGAAAACUUCCCCUACCAUUUGCAAGUCGAUUUGAUCACGGCUUCCCCCCUGCGGCGUACCCUCUACACCGCGCUCCACAGUUUCAAGCCGGUUCUUGAUGCAAACAAAGACCUCAAAGUUAUUGCCCUACCGGAUGUUCAGGAGACUUCUGACGUGCCUUGUGACACUGGAAGUGAUCCCGAGGUUCUGCAGCGGGAAUUUCAUGAAGAAAAGGGUCUACCGGUGGAUCUGUCGCUUGUACACGCAGAGUGGAACAACAAGUCUGGUCGCUACGCGCCUACCAAUGAGGCUAUCAAGAAGCGCGCUCGCGCAGCGAGGCGAUGGCUGAAGGCUCGACCGGAGAAGGAGAUCAUUGUUGUGACUCACGGUGGUUUCUUACACUACUUCACAGAAGAUUGGGAAGAUAGCAGCCACUAUCAAGGGACCGGUUGGGCUAACACAGAGUACCGGACGUACGAGUUCUCGACGGAUAUCCACACCGAUGAUUUGGAGGGAUACGAGCUGGAUGGAGAGAACGCAACGCUGAUUGAGACGAUCGAGUCUCGUAAUCGCCGUGGCAAGGACGGCCCGAUCCCUACCCGGGAUCAGCAGAGAUCCCUAUAUAAGCUCGGCCUGCAGGGCUGGGAUGGCCAAGGGCUACAGCUUAGUACGGAGGAGAGAGAAGCCGCUGUAGUCCCAGAGGGCAAGGAGGUUGAGGGGCUGAGGGUCUGA